AUGGUGCAGCUCUCCGACUUCUCCGAUGGCCAGAACAAAAUCUUCCAGUGUUACCAUGGCACCUUCAUCAUGGCCGACGAAGCCAACAACUAUGCUGUCACAUACGCUAAAACCUGGUUGCCCGUAGACCCCGCCACCCAAAUGACGCCCUGUUGGCCAGGGUCCAGCAUCCCGUUCUCCACCUGGGACAGGGACAACGACGGCCACGCCCUCAACUGUGCUGCCACCUACGGCGCUGGUUUCUGGUUCACGUCCGACAACUGCACCAGCUGUAACCCUAACGGACAGCUGUACCCUACACAGCACACCCGCCAGAACAUCCCCAACGAGAACUUCUGGACGCCAACACUCGGAGACUGGACGCCUGGCUUUGUGACGAUGAUUCUAGUCCGGUACCCGUGA